AUACAUAACGGACAUCAUGGACACUCAGUGGAAAUGGAAUUAUUUUACGUUAAAAAGUCUAUGUAAAGUAAAGUGUAGUCUUUGUAACAAAGUUUAUAAGCCUAAACUAUGCAGAACAGAAGCUCUAAAAAACCAUAUAAACGAAAAUAAAGAAAAGGAUCUAGCGCACAACGAAGCUUAUCUGGAAUACGUGUUUAAAGAUCAAAAGUGGAAGGAAAAAAGUGUUAAAGAAUUUAAGUGGGAUUCGCAUUAUAAAAUAAUAUCUUCAAAUAUAAUUCUCAAACCAAAUGUACGAUGCAAACAUUGUAAAGUUGAUAUACCUGCGCCAUGUGAUGAUACACCAUUCCUACGUGCUCCGAAAGGCCUCAGCAAACAUUUAAAACAUGACCAUAACAUUGAAUUCAAAAACUGGAAAGCAUUUAAAGAAUGGAUAUAUAAAUACGCUAAAAAAUAUGGCCCCAACAUACCCUGUCCACGAGAAAACAAGGUGAUUAAAGUACGUAGAUGUGAGGUAUGUAAAGCUAAGAUUCGAGCCAAGAACGCUAUUAUGUUCGUAAAGCACUUGAUCGACGAACAUUACCAAGAAAUUCAGCCUCUUCCUGCGGAUAUAAUACCAAAAGAAUUACAACUUGAUUAUGAUCCUGACGAUAAAUUCGAUGAUUUCGACGUUUCUACUGACUCUGAUGACUCAUCAGAAAGUGACAUUUCGGAAGUCAACGUACCAUCAACCAUUACUCAACCACUUCUUGUUCUUAGUCAGUCAGGUCAGUCUAGUCAGUCAGGAAGCAGCCAGCCUAGUCAGUCAAGUCAGUCUAGCCAGUCACGAUACACCUCAAAAGAAUCUCCAAGUAAACGUAAAAGAAACAGCUCUCGUCAGACAAAAGAACAUCCAAGUAAACGCAAAAAGGAUAGCUCCACUUAGGCAGAAGAACUUUCAAGUCAAUACAGAAAAUCCAGUUUUAAGGACAAUUCGAACGGUGAUCGAGAUGAUUAGUGAUACCGCUAUGUCAAGCAACAUUAUUUCAAUAGUUCGACCUCUAGUUCCGAAUCAUAUAAUAUUUAAAUAAAAAUA